AACAUACUCCUAACAGUCGGGGCUUGGACUUCUAUUGCAUCGCCGCGAAUGGGGCUUGACAAGUUCUGCAGUCUGGACAGUUCCGAUCCGUUUUGGGAUUGGAACCGUACUUGGUACACUGCUAACCCAGAUUUCACCCAGUGCUUCCAGAACACUGUCCUGGUGUGGCUGCCAUGCCUUUACCUCUGGAUUUGUGCCCCAAUCUACCUCAUCUACCUCCGCAGCCACGAUCAUGGCUACAUAUGUAUGAGUCACAUCAACAAAGCUAAAACUGCAUUUGGCCUUCUACUGUGGAUCAUCUGCUGGUCAGAUGUUUUCUUUUCUUUCUGGGAAAGGGGUCAUGGCAGCAAUGUCCCUGCACCCGUCCACUUAGUCAGUCCUACCUUACUGGGCUUCACCAUGUUGCUAGCGACCCUGUUAAUCCAGUAUGAACGGAUGAAAGGCGUUCAGUCGUCUGGAGUGAUGCUGAUCUACUGGUUGCUUGCACUGCUGUGUGCCACAGUCACCUUCAGGUCCAAGAUCUUCCAGGCCCUAGACCAGCCAUCAACAGUGUGUGUGUGGAGGUACACCACCUUCUACAUCUACUAUGCUCUGCUGCUGGUUUCUGUGUUCCUGUCCUGUCUGACGGACCAGCCGCCCCUCUUUUCGGAAGCCAUCAAAGACUCGAAUCCCUGCCCUGAGCCUGGAGCUAAUUUCCUCUCCAGAAUAACCUUCUGGUGGAUCAACAGGUUGAUGGUGACGGGCUACAGGCGCCCACUGGAGGAAAAGGACCUGUGGUCUUUGAACUCUGAGGACCGCUCCAAUAGAGUGGUCCCACAUCUGGUGUGCCGCUGGAACACAGAGUGCCAAAAGGUCCAAAGGACGGAGCAGAAAACAUUGUACUCCCCCAAGAAAGCUGCGCAGAGCGACCGCAAAGAGAGCCGGGCUGUGGAAGAGUCUGAAAUUUUAAUUGUAAAAGCCCAGAAAACAAAGGAGCCCUCCCUGUUCUGGGCCCUGUGCCUAACCUUCGGGCCAUACUUCCUCAUCUCCUGCCUCUAUAAGAUCAUCCAGGACGUCCUCAUGUUCGUCGGGCCUGAGAUCCUCCGGCUGCUGAUCCUCGUCAACAACUCCAGUGCCCCCUCCUGGCACGGUUACUUCUAUACGGCUCUGCUCUUCAUAUGUACCUGUGUGCAGUCGCUCAUCCUUCAGAAGUACUUUCAUGUCUGCUUUGUCUCAGGCAUGCGCCUGCGCACUGCCAUCAUAGGAGCUGUCUACAGGAAGGCCUUGGUUAUAAGCAGCGCAGCGCGUCGCACCUCCACGGUGGGAGAGAUGGUCAACCUGAUGUCGGUGGACGCUCAGCGCUUCAUGGACCUCAUCACUUACAUCAACAUGAUAUGGUCCGCCCCUCUGCAGGUGGUACUGGCCCUCUACUUUCUCUGGCAGAACUUGGGUCCGUCCGUGCUGGCUGGAGUGGCUGUGAUGGUUCUUAUGGUUCCCAUUAAUGCUGUCAUCGCCAUGAAAACCAAAACCUACCAGGUUGCUCAGAUGAAGAGUAAAGACAAUCGCAUCAAGCUGAUGAAUGAGAUGCUGAACGGCAUCAAGGUGCUGAAGCUGUACGCCUGGGAGCUGGCCUUCAAGGACAAAGUGUCAGAGAUCCGUGAGAGUGAGCUGCGGGUCCUGAAGAAGACCGCCUACCUGGGUGCCAUCUCCACUUUCACCUGGAUCUGUGCACCCUUCCUGGUUGCCCUGUCGACCUUCACUGUGUAUGUGCUGAUUGAUGAGCACAAUGUGCUCGAUGCCCAGAAGGCCUUUGUUUCACUUGCGCUCUUCAACAUCCUGCGUUUUCCUCUCAACAUGCUGCCAAUGGUCAUCAGUAGUAUGGUGCAGGCCAGUGUGUCCUUGAAGCGGCUGAGAGUGUUUCUUUCACACGAGGAGCUGCAGGAAGACAGCGUCGAGCACAGAGCAGUAGCCGGCUCCUCACACAGUAUCUCAAUAGUGGAUGGAGUUUUCAGCUGGUCAAGAGCUGAAUCGCCUACACUCAAGAGGCUGAAUGUGUUUAUCCCAGAAGGCUCUUUGGUGGCUGUGGUGGGUCACGUGGGUUCCGGAAAGUCCUCACUGCUGUCUGCCCUGCUUGGAGAGAUGGACAAACUAGAAGGAACUGUGGCUGUCAAGGGUUCGGUGGCCUACGUUCCCCAGCAGGCCUGGAUACAGAAUGCCACACUGAGAGACAACAUCAUGUUUGGUCAGGAGAGGAGAGAGGCCUGGUAUCAGCGUGUGGUGGAGGCGUGUGCCCUUCAGCCUGACUUUGAAAUCCUUCCAGCUGGAGACGAGACAGAGAUAGGAGAGAAGGGUGUGAAUCUGUCUGGAGGUCAGAAGCAGAGGGUGAGCCUGGCCAGGGCUGUGUACUGUGACCGUGCUGUCUACCUGUUGGAUGACCCGCUGUCUGCUGUCGACGCUCACGUAGGAAAACAUAUCUUUGAACAAGUCGUUGGCCCACAGGGACUGCUGAAGGACAAGACCCGUGUGCUGGUGACCCAUGGACUGAGCUACCUGCCUCAGACCGACCUGAUCCUGGUCAUGGUGGAGGGAGAGAUCACAGAGAUGGGCUCCUACCAGCAUCUCAUGGCCACAGAGGGAGCCUUCGCUGAGUUUCAGCGGACAUACGCUGCCGUGGACCACACCGACAACGACGAAACUGUGCCAAAGAGUGGAACCAAAGCAACAGAGAACAGCAGCACUCCUGCUCUUGUUGGCAGUCCUGGUGUCAGCAGUGUGUCCAAACUUGGCCAGACGGGUGAGGAGGACAAGGUGCUGAGCAAAAAAGCCAAGCAACCCGAGGUGGGCAAGCUGACGGAGGCUGACAAGGCCAGCACUGGACGGGUCAAGCUCUCUGUGUUCGGGUCUUAUCUGAGAGCCAUUGGGGUGCUUCUGUCCUGCAUCAGUCUGCUGCUGUUUCUCGCCCACCACCUGGUCUCCCUGUUCUCCAACUACUGGCUGAGCCUGUGGACCGAUGACCCCGUGGUUAAUGGCACUCAACCCAACAGACAGAUGAGGCUCGGGGUGUACGGUGCUCUCGGUCUGUCCCAGGGUGUGGCAGUCUUUGGUUACUCCCUCUCCACGUCCAUCGGAGGCAUCCUGGCGUCCCGCUGCCUCCACCAGUCCAUGCUGUAUGACGUCCUGCGCUCACCUAUGUCCUUCUUCGAGCGGACCCCCAGCGGCAACCUGGUCAACCGCUUUGCCAAGGAAAUAGACACCAUUGACUCAGUGAUCCCCAGCAUUAUUAAAAUGUUCAUGGGCUCCAUGUUUAACGUGAUGGGUUCUUGCGUUAUCAUCUUGAUAGCCACACCCCUGGUAGCAAUCAUCAUUCCUGUUCUCGGUCUGCUCUACUUUUUUGUGCAGAGGUUUUAUGUGGCGUCUUCUCGCCAGCUGAAGCGUCUGGAGUCAGUCAGCCGCUCGCCCAUCUACACCCACUUCAACGAAACACUGCUGGGCACCUCUGUCAUCCGAGCCUUUGGUGAACAGGAGCGCUUUAUUUGUGAGAGUGACCAGCGCGUGGACCACAACCAGAAGGCUUACUACCCCAGCAUCGUAGCAAACAGGUGGCUAGCUGUUCGCCUGGAGUUUGUAGGAAACUGUAUCGUGUCAUUUGCUGCUUUGUUUGCCGUCAUAGCCAGAGAGAGCCUCAGUCCAGGCAUCAUGGGCCUGUCUAUCUCCUAUGCCCUCCAGCUGACUGCUUCUCUGACCUGGCUGGUGAGGAUGUCCUCUGAUGUGGAAACCAACAUAGUGGCUGUGGAGAGAGUGAAAGAAUACAGUGACACAGAGAAAGAGGCAGAAUGGAGACAGGAACCCUCCAGCCUGCCCACAGGUUGGCCCACUGAAGGCUGCAUAGACAUCAAAGGCCUUGGCCUGCGCUACCGCCACGAUCUGGAUCUCGCCAUUCGCAACAUCACCAUCAAAAUAAACCGAGGAGAGAAGGUGGGGAUUGUGGGGCGAACUGGAGCAGGAAAAUCUUCCCUAACGCUGGCGCUGUUCCGGAUCAUUGAGGCAUCUGAGGGCCACAUCUUCAUUGAUGGGGUGGACAUUGCUCAGCUGGGCCUCCAUGAGCUUCGUUCAAGAAUCACCAUCAUACCACAGGAUCCAGUGCUGUUUUCAGGUUCUCUGAGGAUGAACCUGGAUCCUUUCAACAGCUACUCUGAUGAGGAAGUCUGGAGGGCUCUGGAGUAUUCCCAUCUAAAGAGCUUUGUUUCCGGCCUGCCAAACAAACUCAGCCAUGAGUGUAGUGAAGGAGGAGAAAACCUCAGUGUUGGUCAGCGGCAGCUGCUGUGCUUGGCCAGAGCUCUGCUGAGGAAGACCAAGAUCCUGGUCCUAGAUGAGGCCACAGCAGCCGUGGACAUGGAGACAGACAACUUGAUCCAGUCCACCAUCCGUUCUCAGUUUGAGGACUGCACCGUCCUCACAAUAGCUCAUCGCCUUAACACUAUCUUGGACUACACCAGGAUCCUGGUGUUGGACAAGGGAGAGAUGGCAGAGUUUGACUCUCCCUCCAACCUCCUGGCACAAAAAGGAGCCUUUUACAGGAUGGCCAAGGAUGCCGGGCUGGUCUGAAGCUGGAGGUGCCUCUCCUUGUUCAGCUGCUUCUCUGAGCCCCUCCCAGCUCACCUGGCUCCACGGUGUGGAGUUCUGGAGCAAAAGAGUGAGAGGGAGAUCAAGAAAGGGGAUUGUUACCAUUUUAGAGUGUUGGACUACUUAAGCAAGGGUGUUAAUGACAACAAAGGGUUUGAUUUGAGCUGCUCCACCUCACAUUUCAGUUUUACUACCCCUAUCCCAAACAAACCUGAUUCAUCCUGUGAGCCCAGAUCAUGUCUCCCCCUGUUUCUUCCCGUCCCUUUCAUGUUCUUUUACAGCCAUUUCUGCCAUGAACCGGGGGGGGGACUUACUGAAAAUGGCUUUUAUUUAGCCAGAGCAUGAUAUCUGUGCUGGAGGAAGAAGGAGAGUUUAAGUCUCUACAGACAGAGUUCCCUGCAGUCAAUCUCAUAAACGGUCCUCUUCUGGUUGUGGUAACCAGUGCUGAGGUCAGUACAAAGAGGCUGUAUUUCCGCAAGUACAAAAUCCUAUAGUGCCAAAGACUGCCCUCAAACAUCUUUAUUUUUGAGAUGCAGUUUUGAAACAUUAGUGCUGAUUUGCGAAGUAGGUACAUAGACAGCGCAUUCAGAUGGACUUUUGAAUGUUCUUAUUGUCUGAAAAAAGAGAGUAGCAGUUAAGAUUAAGUGAGAAAUUCCUGCCUCACCAAUGCUUCGUCCAAAUUCCAUACUACAUCCAAAAUGUAUACAAUAUGUACUGUAUACUAAUCUUUUGUAGUAUGCACUUUUUUUACAGUCGGUAUUAAAGAAAUCAGUUUUAUACUAAAUGACACAAUCUGCGACCUGCACUCAGUUUAACGGACAUUUUCUUAUUCUAAGGAAAAUGGAAAAUAUCCCCAGGCUUAUCUGUAAAGCAGCUGGUUUAGAAUUAGUGAGCAGUAGGGAACUCGGACACAUCUUAUGUUUGUACCUAACAAAGUUGCUAAAAGGAUAGCGAGCAUUCCAAUUGGUUUGCUAAAUUGAAUAUAAGAUCAUCAGGAGGGAUUCUUCUGAGAGGGGAGUGUUUGAGUCUUACUUACAGAGAGUCAUCAGGAGGAAGCAGAUGUGCCAGUGGAUUGGUCAGAAACAGCAGUUACACUGAUGAUGUCACAAACCCAGGCAGUGGUGGUUUGUAACAUCUACACAUGAAUCACAACAAAACUACGAACGCACAAUCUCUGUCGGAUAGAUUCCACUUGACUGUUACUCUUUUGGUCCAGCACUGACUGUUUAUUUAUUGUGUGUUUGUGUUCUUUCAGCGACAGCUUUACAUCAAUGUGUUCAUGCAGGCUGUUGAUUGUGUUAGAGGCUCUACUCAUGUGACAAAUGCUUACUAUUACAUACUUAUUUGUAUUUUGUUAAUAGAAAACCACACUCUGAGUUUUAUUUAAGGGGAACUCUAAUGAGGUCACAAUGUGCUGAAUGUACACAAAAUGGACAUUAUACUCUUGUUACGUUCAUUUUGAUUUUAUGUACACAUUAAAUAUAUUUAAAUUGUUUACAGUUGACAUGUCACUUCUCAAACAAAUGGAUGUAUGCCAAAAAGUAAAAAACAACAACAUUGUUCUCCAAGUCUGACGUCGGCUCUCACAGCAGGUUUCCAAUUGAUUUGACAAUGUAUUUCUUUGUAUUGCUGUUAUUUGUUUUUGUGAAUUACUGUUAUGUAAUAACAGUAUGUAUGUUAUUAUACUGAAUAUAUUAACUUUCAUUUUAUUAAGGUACUGUGUAAACUGAGCUCUUGAAAUGACAUGCAAAAAGAAAUCCCACAGUUCUAGUGUGCACUGGGAACAGUUUCAUGCACAUAGAUAAUUAAUGUCCAAAGAAAUAUUCAAGUUAUUUGUCUUAAAAAAUCUGCAGAGAUUAAAUGUGUGUUUCGAAGAAAACGAAAUAUAUUAUAACUUGCUUAUAAUCAGAGGAGACUAUAUUGUUAUCAUGGAUCUUGGUAUAAAAACAUCACUGCUUUGCAUUGCUGUUAUCACAACAACAUUAUCCUGUGAAGCCAUUCAUUGCUCUCUGCUUCCAUUUUGAAUACAUGUUGCUAGACAUGCAUCAUUAUGUUGCUGGCUUGUGGCCAAGUUAACCUGCACAUACCAGAAACCAUUCAAGAUGCACAAGAACUGUGGUUUAAAGGUCUCACCGGAGAGUUUUUAGUGCACAUUGUUAAUAAUAGGAACUACAAUCUUUUUGGCCAUAUUAUUUGCAUGUAACUUCAAAAGCUCUUAUUUUCCCCAAUCCUCUCCUAGAAACUUAGUGUGAACAGAAAGUGUCAUGUGUGUGAAUGUAUGCAAGUUAUUUUUUCCCACCAGUGAUGAAACACUUCAGCUCCAGAUAGAUUCCCUGUGUCACUGAUGAUCAGACUGUUGGUUAGUGUGAGGCUACUGGAUAGGACCUCUGUUACCAAGUCAUCAUUGUGUCUCCACACUUCUAACAUCUGUACACACAUGGAAUUGUGGGACAUUUAGGGCCAGGUAAAGGCUUCUCUCUGUUGAAAAGCUGGUAGUAGUAGUUAUUUUGAUGAUGUCUUAAAGCUGUUAAGUUCUGCUUUUGGUGAUCAUGUACAAAUUGGAGGAGACAGGCUUUGGCUGUGUCACAACACAAUGUAAAGCAUUUUGAGAUUAAA